GGCAACCAGGAGCGCCGGGAGACCUGGGUUCCGGAAGCCGGGGAGCUGGAGCGCUGAAGCCACCCUGAUCAAAGGAUGCUGAGUCCGGAGCGCCUAGCCCUACCGGACUACGAGUAUCUGGCCCAGCGACAUGUCCUCACAUACGUGGAGGAUGCAGUCUGCCAGCUGCUAGAGAACAAGGAAGAUAUUAGCCAGUACGGCAUUGCCAGAUUCUUCACAGAAUAUUUUAACAGUGUAUGUCAGGGAACUCAUAUUCUUUUCCGGGAAUUCAGCUUCAUCCAAGCCACCCCUCACAACAGGGCAUCAUUCCUACGGGCCUUCUGGAGAUGCUUCCGAACAGUAGGCAAAAAUGGUGAUUUGCUGACCAUGAGGGAAUAUCACUGCUUGCUGCAAUUACUGUGCCCAGAUUUCCCACUGGAGCUCACUCAGAAGGCCGCCAGGAUUGUGCUCAUGGACGACGCCAUGGACUGCUUGAUGUCUUUCUCAGAUUUCCUUUUUGCCUUCCAGGUCCAGUUUUACUACUCAGAGUUCCUGGAGAGCGUGGCGGCCAUCUAUCAGGACCUCCUGUCGGGCAAGAACCCCAACACGGUGAUUGUGCCCACGUCGUCCAGUGGGCAGCACCGCCCGCGGCCUUCUGCGGGCGAGGCAGGCACACUGGAGGGCGUGGAAGCCUCACUGUUCUACCAGUGCCUGGAGAACCUGUGUGACCGGCACAAGUACAGCUGCCCACCCCCGGCGCUGGUCAAAGAGGUCCUCAGCAACGUUCAGAGACUGACCUUCUACGGCUUCCUCGUGGCCCUCUCAAAGCAUCAUGGGAUCAACCAAGCCCUAGGAGCCUUGCCUGACAGAGGGGACCUGAUGCACGACCCAGCCAUGGAUGAGGAACUGGAGCGGCUGCUGGCGCAGAUACCAGGCCUGGUCACCUCAGUCACUGCCAGUCCAGAGGCCAGCUGCCUGCCUCCCAGGACCCCUCCCCGGGUUGGCUCCCCCUGGAGACCCCUCCAUCACGCCCGCAAAGUGGAUGCAGAAAGCGAUGGCUCCACUGAAGAGACAGAUGAGUCCGAGACUUGAGGAGCCUGAAGGGUCCUGUCUACAGCACAGAACCCAGCCCUGGGUCCAGUUCCCAGCACCCCACCCGCUCACCUCCCCACCCGCCUCCAAGCCCUGGGACCCCAGGCCUCUCUCCUCCCACUCCCUGUGCCGAGCUGCCCUCCACUGCUAAGGCCAAGUGACAGCCCCAGCCCAGAGACCCACCAGAGAGGUGCUGAUACGCCAAGCUACGCAGUGACCCUAGAAAGUUAACAGCCGACUUUCUCCCGUCAGCCUGCCUUUCACCAGGCCCCAAGCUGACGGCGGAUUGAGCUGAGGCCACGGGAAGGGUGACUUGGUUUUACCCUUUUGCUGACCAUCCCCAUCUCCUCACAGCAAUUCCAGGAACCAUGCAGUGCCUUGCGUGGUCAAGGGUGACACCCAGCCAGUGAUGCAGGUAUUAAGAUAUAGCCAUGGUAGCUUUCUGCUGGAGGACUAGCCACUAGCCGUAAGAUCAAGGGUGGGCAAAAAGAAAUUUCACUUUCAGAAACCGCUUCAA